ACAACAGGUUCCAAGCCUUACAAGGUCCACUCAAAGAAGAAGAAACCACUAUGGAGGGCAACCAGGAAGGGAUCAAAGGAACAAUAACUUCAACAUGUCAGGAGGUUCUGGACCGCAACAAGCAUCAUCAUAAGCAGUGGGUCUCUAUGGAAUCCCUGGACCAGUAAUCAAGAAAGGAAAAUCAAGAAAACAACAAUCAACAACAGUCGGAAAACAACAAAGAAAGGCGAGGCGCAGGCCGAAUACACAGAAGCAACAAGCAAGUGAAGAUGAGCACUAGAGUCGCCAAACAGAAAUACGUGGAUGACCUAGGAACGACAGCGGAAAACGCUGCAACAGAAGGGAAUACCAAACAGCUAAAUGACACAAUGAAGAGACUGGUAGGGAAACAUAGUAAACAAGAGAAACCGGUCAGCGAAAAAGAAGGCAAGCCAAUUACUGAAAUCCAAGAACAGAGGAACAGAAAAGUGGAACACUUCGAAGAACUCUUGAAUAAACCAGCUCCACUGAAUCCACCACACGUCAAAACAGCACACACAGACCUUCCUAGGGAUGUCACUCGAUCAGCGAACGAAAUCAGCAGGGUCAUCUGGCAAAUCAAGAGUAGGGAAGCAGCAAGACCUGACAAUAUACCAGCCAAAUCACUCAAGUCAGACAUAGAAGUAACUGCAAUCAUGUUCCAUGUUCUAUUCAGGAAGAUUGUAGGGGAGGAACAAGUGACGACAGACUGGAAAGAAGGGUACCUCACCAAGAAAAGGAGAUCUGAGCAAAUGUGAGAACUAUAUAGGCAUCACAUUACUAUCAGUACCACGAAAGGUUUUUAACAGGGUGUUGCUAAACCGGAUGGAUGACUUAAUAGACGCCCAACUUCAAUAU